AUUAGUGAUAUUAACACAUUCUUCGUUCUUAAAUCCGCAUUAUGAAGAGCUCCAACAUCUUCCUUCUCUUCUUACUGACAUUUCUCGUCGUCGGUGGAAAUGAAGUGGCAAUGGCGACUAGAAAUGUUGAAGGCAGUGGAUUUUGUCAGAUAGGAACGGCACAAGCAGUCCCUGUUUGCAGCCCAGAAACCUGCAACGUCGCCUGCAAGUUGAAAUACGGGAAUGGGGAGACAACCAUAGGUUUCUGUGGAAGUGACCAAACGUGUAAUUGUUUUAGGCCAUGUUAAGAAAUGUGGGUGUUUCAUGAGUGGGUGGGUUGGGUGGUUUUCGGGAUAAA